AUGCUAAUUUUCUUUAUUCUCUUAACAUGUUUACCGCGUCUUUGUGCCCUAAAUAUUCUCGUCUACUCCCCGCGCUAUGCCCCGUCACAUACGAAUUUUGUCGGUCGAGUUGCCGAUAUUUUGGCUGAGGCUGGCCAUCAAGUGGUGGUGCUCCAGCCGGUCCUCAUCGCGCAACAGACGGGCACCGGGAUCGCUUUAGCCAAGGUAAUCGAGCUGCCGCCUAGCGAGCAUGUCGGUCAUCUACUGCCCUCCGUCAUGUCGGUGUCGGAUAGUGAGAGGUGGACAAGCUCCGGGACUGAUCCACGACCAACAAUUCAGUUCCUCACCUUCAUGCGACGCGCUACGCUGGACUUUACGAAAAGAAUUUUCGAGGACGAGCCACUUCUAGAAGAGCUGCGCGGCUACAAAUUCGACAUCGGCUUUUCGGAGUGCUUGGAGGGCAGUGGAUUUGCCAUCUUCCACCGCAUCGGCCUCGACAAGUACAUCGGGAUUUUGUCGUCUACAUUCGGCGCGAGUUUCCCGUCAAUUUUCGGGGCACCGAUGGCGCCCGCAUACGUGCCGUCGAUGUCGUCGAGUUCAACGGAUCAAAUGAGCUUCGUGGAGCGAGCGAUGAAUUUGGUCGGAUCGGUGAUGGAAAAGCACAUGAUCACCGGCGGCUUCGCAAUGUUUGACGACUAUUUACGAACUGUCGAUCCUGAAUUUCCAAAAAUAGAGGAUCUCCUCACCGGCUCCUCGUUUGUGCUGGCCAACGUCGAGCCCUACUACGAUCAUCCCCGCCCUCUAAUCCUGAAGCUACAGUAUUUCGGAGGGAUUGCCGUGCCGGAACCCCGGCCAUUAGAGCAGAAAUGGAAAGACAUUCUGAAUCUCCGCCCGGCCAACGUGCUCAUCUCGUUUGGAAGUAUCGCGAAGAGCAAGGAUAUGCCGCGGGAAUCGAAGAUGGCCAUUAUCAAGGCUAUUAAAAGUUUCCCCGACGUCACCUUCAUCUGGAAAUAUGAAGCCCCCGAAGAGCUUCCAGAAGCCCAAGAAGCGCCGAAUUUGAUUCUUCACCCCUGGGUGCCGCAAGCCGACUUACUCGCCGACAACCGCCUGACGGCGUUCAUCACCCACGGCGGCGCCGGCAGCGCCAUCGUCGUGCCCCUCUUUGCCGAUCAAUUCGCCAACGCGAAGCUGGUCGGCCGUGUGGGCAGCACGCUGGAGUACAACAAGUUCGAGCUGGGCGAUGCCGCCAAGUUGGAGUCGGCGAUACGGGAGCUGCUGGAUAAUGAAACGCUAACCAAAAAUGCGGAGCGGAUGGCCGCGAUGUUGGCGAAUCGCCCCUUUCCGCCUCGUGAAGUUCUCCUGAAAACCACCGAGUUUGCGGCGGCGUACGGCCCGCUGACCGAGCUCGACCCACAUGGUCGCCAGCUCUCCUUCAUCGAGUACUUCUUGCUUGACCGCAGCCGCGGCGUCGAAUACUGCAGGUGCUGCGUCGGCCAGCUGCACGUCAAGCAUUUUCUACUCAUCCUCCAGCUGCUCUUCAUUCUCAUCGCCGGGUGGGGCCUCGUCGCUUCUUCCACACCCUUCAAUACGGUCCUAUACGCCCAUCUUAUGCCGAAAGAUUUUUCACCGGACUUCUGCCGUGAGUUUCUCUACUGGUUCUCCUUGUUCAUCUGCUUCAGCCUGCUCGCGCUCAGGGCGGUCGAGACGGGCACACUGGCCGCGCGUCUAUUUCAAGUCUUCCGCUUCUCGGUAGUGCCGGUGUGCUUCGUGUGGUUCUGCCUCGGCUACGCCAUCUACUGCACCUGCGUCGGCUUCACCUACAUCCACCGCCAGACGUCGCGCUCCGUGCAAUUUUCACCGCUGCGCGAGGAGAUCCCCGACAAUUUCAACAACUCCAUCUCGCUGGACUGCUCCAUUGGCGAUUUCCCGCCCGGCCUUCCCAGCACGAUCGGGUCGCCGUCAAGAAUUCCGGGCCGCAGCAACAGCCUGCAGACGAGCCGCGCCCGUCAGAUGAGAUGCAGAAACCCGGAUGAGCUGACCAUCUCGAUCACGCCGGUUGACGAGACGUUCGUGGAUGAAAUGGAAUCGCCGAGCAGAUCCGGUGGGCGUCUCAACUCGUCUUUCUCAUCGCUCCGCAUCCUGCCCACGCUCAACGAGGACGAGGAGGCCACCACUCCGCCUGGCAAGCUACGCCCCGAAGACAUUGAGCUGAAAGUGAGCCCGGUGAACAGCAUC